AUGUCGAAAUCAUCCAGCAAACCGUAUUCUCUUUAUGAUCAGUCCAAACCUCUUUCGUCCACAUAUGUUAAGCGCGCAGAAAAGGAGCUAGGAGAAAAAUCCGAACAGAUUUCUGCGCACAUUGAAUCCCUCAGAAGAUGGCUCAAAUCAAUGCCUCAUCUGAAAUGCAAUGCUAGCGAUGAGUUACUCUUGGCCUUCUUACGUCAGGCCAAGUACAACCACAUGAAGGCACAAAAUCGCUUGGACAAGUUCUGCACUUUCAGAACUUCUCCAACAGAAGGUUCUCCGGCUUGGUUUGAAAACUUUAAAGACAGGAAAGCCACUUAUGAUAAACUGGUCAACACAAAGUGUUGGGCAACGCUUGGUUUUACGCAAGAAGGUACAGUCUCAAUAAUGGUCAAGUGCAAAAAUCUUGACUUGAAUGUGGUAUCGAUGGACGAUCUUCAAAGUGCCGUUCAGAUCUGGUACGAUGAGGCCAUUCUUGAUCAACGAAUACAAAUCGGAGGUUUCAGUAUGAUAAUGGAUCUCUCUGACUUUCGUAAGGAGGAUAUAAUAAAGAUGUUUGACCCAAAAGCAAGUAGGCUUGCCACAAAGUAUUUCCAAGACUGUCUUCCAUUCAGGAUAAAGAAAAUUAUCUACUACAAUACACCAAAAAUUUUCGAAGCCAUGUUUAAAAUAAUGUCUGAAUGGCUGAAUGAAAAAAUUAAAUCACGAAUAAUGAUGGUGGGCACCGAUAUGAAUCGAGCUUUUGAUGCCCUUCCUGGCUUAAAGGACUUGAUGCCAGAAUCCUACGGUGGCAACGUGAAAAUGACAUUCGAGGAAAUGUGUGAGAAGCAGUCGGCACUAAUGAAAUCCAUUCCUGACCAUGGUACUGAUUUUGCAAUUUCAGUGGACGAGUCGCAGCGACCAAAGGAGUGCAGAAACCUCUUCGUUCAUUACAAAGAUCUCUCUGAUGAUCUCAUGGGCAAAUCCGGUUCAUUACAAAGAUCUCUCUGA